AUGCCGGUCAAAGCUGAUUUCCAGCGCUUCCCAAAACUCCCUGCAGAGUUACGCCUUCGAAUAUGGAAGUUUGCUCUGCCAGACUCACGUAUUGUACUCUUACAAGCAGAUACUCGUUUCAUCGAAUUCAGAGAGCCAAAGCCUAAGGAGAAACACCUGCUGCCAUUCUACAAUAAAAACAGCCGUCCCUCGUAUCGCCAUGUCUCGACAUUAAAAUCUAGGCAUCGAGUACCAGCAAUGCUAUGGGCUUGCAUUGAAUCUCGACGGGUUGCGCUCAAGUAUUAUAAAAUCAUGUUUUCUAUCCUCGACGAUGGCUACUCUGGGUUCGCUCGAACCUAUUUUGAUUGUUCUGUGGAUAUACUCUAUCUCAAUGCGAAGACUUUUGAGACCCCCCUUGAGGAUCCAGUCGACUACCAGACCCAAUUUCAAAACGGUCUCAAAAGUAUGAACAGGGCUCAGCUUGCUAGAGUGCAGAACUUGUGCAUCACCUCUGAAGGUUUGAACAGGCGGGGCUUUCUGGCUUCAAUUCUCUCCCAUUUUCCAAGACUGGUCAACCUUCACAUCGUGGUAAACCAUUAUCACCUGACCAAGUGUUACCCCAGCUCUAGGACGUGCAAUGGAAUAUUUUGCUUGGAGAAAAAUUUCUCGCCUGAACAGCAUGCCGAUCUCAUUUUCACAGAAGGCCAUGUUGAUUUGAUCCGCAAUCUCCAACAAUAUCGUAUCAACAAGACGUUUCCCGAGCUUCAUCCUCGAAUGAGACACUUUCGUCAACCUGCCGAGAUUGAAGAACUAUCUAUCGACGAAGAAAAACUCGAGAGUGAAAUGAGAUCAUAUUCGAAGCAUUUCACACUUCCUAAUAUUCAAUUCCAAACUGUUAUGACGAGGGGAUUGGCGGCAAUUGAAAUGGAGCAGUGGAAGGAAUACCUUGCGGAUAUACUUGAGGCUCGAAAGGAAGAAAAUAGAGGAAGAUCGCGCGGCAUAUGCUGA